UUUCAGUCAGUUAGCGUUUAGCUCGCUGUAGUGAAUAGUAAGGGAAAUAACUACGUUCAUUAGCUAGAUAUUUCUUGAGAUGGUCCGGUGACCGACUUGCAUUGAUUUCUACAGAGAAUUUUGGAAAUGGCUCAGUUCUCAGCUAGUGGAGGUUUCCUGGAUUUUAGUCCCAUCAAGAAAGAAGAUUCAUCGGGUGUUUCUUAUGACAAUAAAGAAAACAAUAGCUCGCAUCCAGUUUUGAGUUUAGUUCAGUUUUCAAGGGCUCCGUUUGUAACAUUUGGAAAUGUAAAGUUGGGAUCUUCCAAAUCCUCAGUUCUUUGCAUUGAGAAUCCCGUUGAAGAUGCAACCAUAGAGGUGACAAUUGAUAAGAUUGCAUCGACGAAAGGCUUUUCCGUGGAUCAAACCCGAUUUACAAUUCAGCCUGAGGAACGUGUCAAUUUGACAAUAACUUGGACACCGAUAGAUGAAGGUGGUAUUCGAGAGCUGAUCACUUUCAUUGCCAAUGGGGUGGUCAAACACCAAGCCAUUUUGCUAGGAAGGGCAGACGCACCUAAAAAGAGGAAGAAGAGUCUGUGGGACUCAAUCAAAAGCAAGAAGGCGUUUGAUCUAUCAGCCCCUCCAAGGGGCAAAAAAAACUCUGUGUCUUCCCUGAAGAUGGCAGCCAACAAGACCUUCCAGGUGUCCCGGACGCCACAGUACAGACGGGAGAAGGUUCGGAGCCCACUCGCUUCACUCAACAAAAAAGCCUGCACACCUGUUGAAGGGCAGAAGUUUAAGCAGGAUGUGCUGGGUCAGUUGAGCUUUGACAAUGUCCAAAAGAACUCGCCUGUCGUCUUUCUAGUCCCCGCUGCAAAUAUAAUCGAUUCCUCUGAUGCAGCAGCCAGCUACAGUUGCCCAGUAGGCACACCUGAGUGCAGAGACCUCACCAGACUACUGAACAUGACUGUGUCCCCAGUGGGCACUCCAGACAGGUUUCAAAAGCUGAUGCCCCGUAUUCAGUCUAUACAGAGCCCAGCCCAUGUGAUUGAUGACGCUGUUGCUGACAUAAGCCAUACAGUGUUGGCCGGAACACCAGUGUUGUCUGUGAGAGAUGCACUGGCCUUGAUUGAGUCUGAUUUAACUCAUGUGGUUGGCGCAAGUCCUCCAAACGCAUGCUCUAGCUUUGAUUUCUCCCACUCCUUGGAGACAACAAAUGGAGAGAAGAAUUGUGGCCCUGACAAAUCUGUGAUUGAUCUGAAAGCCCUGCCUGAAAGACCCAUCAAGUCAGAACCUCCACAGCCUAGACUAACCUUCUUCAUCAAACCAGAACUUGUUACUGACAAGGAGGGCAGAAUAGAGGUUGGAGAAGUUGUUCCUAAAGCCAAAAAGGUUACUUUCACCUCCUCCACAGUCAUCAAAAGCAAACCAGCCCCUAUCCAGGUGAGCAGUCCUGGGGUGAGGAGAAUCAAAACCUCCAGGCGCCGUCUCCUGGAGAAAACACUGGAGUUGUCUGGGGAAAGUGGCCAUUCAGAGUCAAACCCUGGUACUACAGUUACCCCUGGUCUCCCUGUCAUCAACUCUGAUGGAAGCCUAAACAGACUCUAUGAUUCUCCAUUAACAAUCUCCCCACGGGAGGCCAGGCUGCAGGCGCUGGAGUCAGCUUCCCUUAGCCCAGCUUGUUUGGAUGAUAUCCCUGCUCCAGUCAACCUCUCCCUCAGCUCUCCUCUGCCCCUGACCCCCCUUACCGGUGGCCCCCAGCACCCUGGCCAGGAUGAGUCCAUUCUGGGAGCCACUCGGCUCCAGGCAGCACCAACAGUGGAACCUCUACCUGACCGGGCAGACGUGUUUCCUGUUUACAACCAGAGCCAGUUUGACAUGGGGGUGGUGCGGAGCAAAAAGAGGAAGAGCGAUGAGUUUCUGAGGGAUGGAGGGGAGAAAGUGGAGGAUGCUGCAGCGAAAACGUUCCAUGUGAAAAGGAGUAGGGUGUCAACAGUGGUGAAGGCACCCAACAGACCAGCUCAGCAGAAUGGGUUCAGUGUCUCCUCUCACAGGCAGCAGACAAAAACAUCAGCUUCUGUGCGUACUACUUCUGCCUCAUCCAUGAGGGCUCCAAAGUCUGUAUCCCCUGCCCGAGCCAAGCAGCCAGCUCCAAAACCUGGCCAGCGAGGUGCGCAGUCUUUGAAAUCUCUUGGUGGCUCAUCUGUAAAAACUGCAAAGAUUGUAGCUGUGGCCCAGUCCAAGCUCACAUUCAUCAUGCCUGGUCAAACAGCCAUACCAAGACAUCCGAUGCCGUUCGCUGCGAAGAACAUGUUCUAUGACGAGCGCUGGAUAGAGAAACAGGAGACUGGGUUUACCUGGUGGAUCAACUACGUCCUCACCCCUGAUGACUUCAAGGUCAACACGGAGGUCACCAAAGUGAAUGCUGUAUCCCUGGCGAUGGGCGGUAAUGAGAAGUUUGCCGUCAACGAGGCUCCCACCAAAGAGGAGAUGUCGUUUAGUACGUACACGGCCAGACGGCGGCUCAACCGGCUGCGUCGCUCCGCCUGCCAGCUUUUCACCUCCGAGCCCAUGGUCAAAGCCAUCCAGAGGCUGGAGUUGGAGGUUGAGGCUAGAAGGCUACUGGUACGCAAGGACCGCCAUCUUUGGAAGGACAUCGGGGAACGCCAAAAGGUUCUCAACUGGCUUCUAUCCUACAAUCCUCUUUGGUUACGGAUUGGACUUGAGACGAUCUACGGGGAGAUGAUCUCGCUGGAGAGCAACAGUGACGUCAUGGGCCUGGCCAUGUUCAUUCUGAAACGCUUGCUGUGGAACCCUGACAUCGCUGCAGAGUUCAGACAUGCCAAAGUACCCAACCUCUACAAAGAUGGCCACGAGGAGGCGCUGUCUCGUUUCACUCUGAAGAAGCUUCUCCUCAUGGUGUGCUUCCUGGAUAAGGCCAAAGAGUCCAGGAUGAUCGAACACGACCCUUGUCUGUUCUGCAUGGAUGCAGAAUUCAAGACUACCAAGGACCUGCUGCUGGCGUUCUCCAGGGACUUCCUGAGUGGAGAGGGGAUCCUCCCCCGUCACCUGGGUUACAUGGGCCUACCGGUCUCCCACGUCCAGACCCCUCUGGAUGAGUUCAAUUUCGCUGUCAAGAAUCUGGGCGUCGACCUGAAGUGUGGAAUCCGUCUAGUGCGUGUGAUGGAGCUGUUCAUCCAGGACUGGAGCCUGUCCCGUAAACUGAGGAUGCCUGCAAUCAGUCGUCUGCAGAAGGUCCACAACGUUGACCUAGCCCUGCAGGUGCUCAGAGCCAGAGGGGUUGACCUCAAGGAUGAGCAUGAUGCUGUCAUUGACUCCAGAGAUAUUGUGGAUGGACACAGGGAGAAGACACUGAGCCUGCUGUGGAAGAUCAUCUUUACCUUCCAGGUGGAGGUGCUUCUGGACGAGGACCAGCUGAGAGAAGAGAUCAGUUUCCUUAAACACACCUGGACAACCAAACAGAGGCUGGCCUCACUGAGGGCCGACAAAGGUGUGCUGCAGAAGACUGCCAAGCCUAGACCCCUGUUCGAACACAGUAGCUCAAAGAUCACUCUGCUCAUGGACUGGGUCAAUGCUGUCUGUCAGUUCUACCACUUGAUGGCAGAGAACUUCACGGUGUCGUUCUCAGACGGUCGUGUCCUCUGCUACCUGAUCCAUCACUACCACCCCAGCCACCUACCAGCAAACGGCGUCAGCCACAACACCACCCAAACGGUGGAGUGCUCCCAGAGAGGACGAGUCGAACUCAACAGCUCCUCUAGCGACUCGGACAACUCCUUUGACACCUGGCCCACCACACAAAAUGAGUCGCCAUCGAUGGAGUUCAAAGAGCUUCUGGAGAAUGAAAAGAAUAACUUCAGGCUUGUCAACACUGCAGUGUCUGACCUGGGAGGGGUUCCUGCCAUGAUCAACCCAGCUGACAUGUCAAACACUAUCCCCAAUGAGAAGGUGGUGACAUGUUACCUGUCCUUCCUGUGUGCCCGUCUUCUGGACCUGCGGAAUGAGACCCGUGCUGCCAGGGUCAUCCAGGGAGCUUGGAGAAAGUACCGGCUGAAGAAGGAUCUGAAGCUUUACCAGGAAAGGACUAUAGCUGCAGGGAAGAUCCAGGUGCUGGUCAGGCAGUUUCUUCAGAGACGCAGAGCUGUGCGUCAGACCGCUGCAGCCAUCCGCAUCCAGGCUGCAUGGAGGGGCUACUCGGUACGGAACGCCCUGACACUGAGGAGAAGGGCUCUACUCGGGGCUCUCCAGGUUGCUGCUGCCACCACAAUCCAAGCACAAUGGAAAAAGCAUGUUACCUUGAAAAACUACCAGCGCUUGAGAUUGCACGUUGUUAAAGUUCAAGCUCUCUGGCGGAUGAAGAUGGCGGUCACUACCUACAGAAAGACACAGUGGGCCGCAACAGUAAUUCAGAAGCAUGUUAGGGCAUCGACUCGGGCAAGGAAAGAGUGUGAACGUUACCGCUCACUGAAAUCAGCAGCUGUCAAAAUCCAGAGAAACUAUCGGAGACGGAAGACUCGGAGACUGCAGAGGGAGAACCAUGCUGCCACAGUGAUACAAUCUGCAUUUAAGAAAUGGCACAGUGACAAAAUGGCCCGAAGAACCUCGGCUGCCCUAAAGAUUCAGUCUCGCUACAGAAUGCACAGGUGCCAAAAACGGUACAUUAGCAUCCAGCGGAGCGCCAUUCUCGUUCAGGCUUGGUGUAGAGGUCAUGCACAGAGACACAACUUUGAGACAUUAAAACUGCAGCAUCACUCUGCCACUGUCAUCCAAAGUGUUUUUAGGGCAAGCACGGUCAGAAAACAGAUGGCAACGAUGAGACAAUCCUCGGUCGUGAUUCAGCGUUGGUUCAGGGCCUCUGUACAAAGAGAUGCAGGGAGGCAACAGUUCCUGAAAAUGAGAUGUGCAGCUGUUACCAUACAGUCCGCUUAUCGUGUACAUACGGCUCGGAGACUAACGCAACAACAGAAUCAGGCAGCCACAGUCAUCCAGACAGCUUUCAAGAAGUUUGUGGCCAGAAGGAAAUUCUUGUCCUUGAAAAAAUCAGCGAUUGUUGUCCAACAGCAAUUUAGAGCCAGGCUAUUGGGGGAGAAAUCAAGAAAAGAGUAUAUGGCCCUCCAAUAUUCUGCAUUGAGAAUACAAGCUAUCUGGAGAGGUAGGGCAGAGAGGAGGAGGAUUGAAAAACUGCAUAAAUGUGCCACACUCAUUCAGUCUUCUUACCGUAGACAUGUGUUGCAGUCACAGUUCAGGUCAAGAAAGGAGGCUGCUUUGGCCAUCCAAAGCCAAUAUAGAGCUUAUAGGGCAGGGAAAGAAAUUAGAACCGAGUAUCUCCAGGUCAAGAAAGCUGCUGUUACUGUACAAGCCAGGUUCCGUGGCAUGAGAGUCAGGCAAGAGCUGAGACAAAAACACCAGGCCGCCGCUGUCCUUCAGUCAGUAGUGAGAGUCUUUCUCUGUAGAAGAAGGUAUGUGUUGCUGCAACGUGCCGCUAUAGUCCUACAGAGUCGAUACCGGGCUCUUGUAGCAGGCAGAACACAGCGAGAGCAGUACAGACAGUUGAAAUGGGACACAGUAAAGCUACAGGCUGCUUACCGGGGAUCCAGAGUCCGAAGAGACCUAAGGACAAAACGCGAAGCUGCUACAGUCAUCCAAGCUCAGUUUAGGAUGCACAAAGCGCGUUUGGCCUAUCUUGCCACAAAGGGGGCGGCCAUCAUCGUACAGCAGCAUUACAGGGCCAAUCGGCUCAGAGAUCUACAGAUGCAGCGGUACACCUCGAUGAAGUCCGCUGCAGUGGUGAUUCAGGCAAUGUAUCGCGGUCACAGAGCAAGAAUGGAGGUUGCUAGGAUGCACCAAGCAGCCGUGGUCAUUCAGAGGAGGUUCCUCAGUUUCAGGGACAGGAAACGCUUCCUUGCGGUCAAAACUGCUGUUCUACUAUGUCAACAGAGAUGCAGGGAUGUGGCCAUGAUAAGAAAAGACCAGAAGGACUAUCUGUUGAAGCGUAGGGCAGCCACUGCUCUGCAAGCAGCUUUCAGAGGGAUGAAGGUCCGGAAGCAGUUGCAGACUGAACACAGAGCAGCCAUACUCAUUCAAUCUCACGUUCGAAAACACCUGCAGAGGGCGCACUAUAAGAGGCUUCAGUGGGCUGUGAACACAGUGCAGGCUCGUUACAGAGCCAACAAGAAGAUGAUUGAAGACAGGAAAGCACUGAGUGUAAGGAGGAAUGCUGUUAUCGUGUUACAGGCUGCCUUCCGGGGCAUGCGAUCAAGACGGCGCAUUAGAGAGAUGCAGAAGGCCGCCAGUGUUCUCCAGAGAAGUUACAGGGCUCACUGCUUACGCCGACAGUACCUCUCCUUGAGAUCCUCUGUCCUUGCCAUUCAACAUAAAUAUCGUGCCACUGUUGCAGCAAAACAGCAGAUGCUGCUCUACCAACGAAUGCGCAGUGCUGCGAUCCUGCUCCAAGCAGCCUACAGAGGCCAGAGAGACAGAAAGGAGAUCAGUCUUCAACAUCAAGCUGCCACCACAAUCCAGGCUGGCUUCAGAAAGCACAGAGAGGAAGUCAAGUUCCAGGCUAUGAGAUUUGCUGCCAUCAUCAUCCAGAGAUACUUCAGAUCUCACAUUCAAAUGAAACUAGACCGAGACAGAUUCAUAAAGCUCAGAGAGUCUGCCAUAGUCCUUCAGGCAGCUUUCAGAGGGUAUCGCGUUCGACAAGACGUUGCUAAGAUGCACAGAGCUGCUUCUGUGAUUCAGGCCAGUUUCAGGACGCACAAGGAGCAGGUCAAGUUCCAGGCCAUGAGACUGUCUGCCAUAAUCAUUCAGAGGUACUACAGAUCUCACAUUCAAAUGAAACUAGACCGAGACAGAUUCAUAAAUCUCAGAGAGUCUGCCAUAGUCCUUCAGAAAGCUUUCAGAGGGAAGAAGGUCCGGAAGCAGUUGCAGACUGAACACAGAGCAGCCAUACUCAUUCAAUCUCACGUCCGAAAACACCUGCAGAGGGCGCACUAUAAGAGGCUUCAGUGGGCUGUGAACACAGUGCAGGCUCGUUACAGAGCCAACAAGAAGAUGAUUGAAGACAGGAAAGCACUGAGUGUAAAGAGGAAUGCUGUUAUCGUGUUACAGGCUGCCUUCCGGGGCAUGCGAUCAAGACGGCGCAUUAGAGAGAUGCACAAGGCCGGCAGUGUUCUCCAGAGAAGUUACAGGGCUCACUGCUUACGCCGACAGUACCUCUCCUUGAGAUCCUCUGUCCUUGCCAUUCAACAUAAAUAUCGUGCCACUGUUGCAGCAAAACAGCAGAUGCUGCUCUACCAACGAAUGCGCAGUGCUGCGAUCCUGCUCCAAGCAGCCUACAGAGGCCAGAGAGACAGAAAGGAGAUCAGUCUUCAACAUCAAGCUGCCACCACAAUCCAGGCUGGCUUCAGAAAGCACAGAGAGGAAGUCAAGUUCCAGGCUAUGAGAUUUGCUGCCAUCAUCAUCCAGAGAUACUUCAGAUCUCACAUUCAAAUGAAACUAGACCGAGACAGAUUCAUAAAGCUCAGAGAGUCUGCCAUAGUCCUUCAGGCAGCUUUCAGAGGGUAUCGUGUUCGACAAGACGUUGCUAAGAUGCACAGAGCUGCUUCUGUAAUUCAGGCCAAUUUCAGGAUGUACAAGGAGCAGGUCAAGUUCCAGGCCAUGAGACUGUCUGCCAUAAUCAUUCAGAGAUACUUCAGAUCUCACAUUCAAAGGAAACAAGACCGAGACGAGUUCUUGACACUGAAGGAUUCAGCCAUAGUCCUUCAGGCAGCUUUCAGAGGGUAUCUCGUUCGGCAAGACAUUGCUAAGAUGCACAGAGCUGCUUCUGUGAUUCAGGCCAGUUUCAGGACGCACAAGGAGCAGGUCAAGUUCCAGGCCAUGAGGUUUGCUGCCAUCAUCAUUCAGAGGUACUUCAGAUCUCACAUUCAAAUGAAACUAGACCGAGACAGAUUCAUAAAGCUCAGAGAGUCUGCCAUAGUCCUUCAGGAAGCUUUCAGAGGGAAGAAGGUCCGGAAGCAGUUGCAGACUGAACGCAGAGCAGCCAUACUCAUUCAAUCUCAUGUCCGAAAACACCUGCAGAGGGCGCACUAUAAGAGGCUUCAGUGGGCUGUGAACACAGUGCAGGCUCGUUACAGAGCCAACAAGAAGAUGAUUGAAGACAGGAAAGCACUGAGUGUAAAGAGGAAUGCUGUUAUCGUGUUACAGGCUGCCUUCCGGGGCAUGCGAUCAAGACAGCGCAUUAGAGAGAUGCACAAGGCCGGCAGUGUUCUCCAGAGAAGUUACAGGGCUCACUGCUUACGCCGACAGUACCUCUCCUUGAGAUCCUCUGUCCUUGCCAUUCAACAUAAAUAUCGUGCCACUGUUGCAGCAAAACAGCAGAUGCUGCUCUACCAACGAAUGCGCAGUGCUGCGAUCCUCCUCCAAGCAGCCUACAGAGGCCAGAGAGCCAGAAAGGAGAUCAGUCUUCAACAUCAAGCUGCCACCACAAUCCAGGCUGUCUUCAGAAAGCACAGAGAGGAAGUCAAGUUCCAGGCUAUGAGAUUUGCUGCCAUCAUCAUCCAGAGAUACUUCAGAUCUCACAUUCAAAUGAAACUAGACCGAGACAGAUUCAUAAAGCUCAGAGAGUCUGCCAUAGUCCUUCAGGCAGCUUUCAGAGGGUAUCGCGUUCGACAAGACGUUGCUAAGAUGCACAGAGCUGCUUCUGUAAUUCAGGCCAAUUUCAGGAUGUACAAGGAGCAGGUCAAGUUCCAGGCCAUGAGACUGUCUGCCAUAAUCAUUCAGAGAUACUUCAGAUCUCACAUUCAAAGGAAACAAGACCGAGACGAGUUCUUGACACUGAAGGAUUCAGCCAUAGUCCUUCAGGCAGCUUUCAGAGGGUAUCUCGUUCGGCAAGACAUUGCUAAGAUGCACAGAGCUGCUUCUGUGAUUCAGGCCAGUUUCAGGACGCACAAGGAGCAGGUCAAGUUCCAGGCCAUGAGGUUUGCUGCCAUCAUCAUUCAGAGGUACUUCAGAUCUCACAUUCAAAUGAAACUAGACCGAGACAGAUUCAUAAAGCUCAGAGAGUCUGCCAUAGUCCUUCAGGAAGCUUUCAGAGGGAAGAAGGUCCGGAAGCAGUUGCAGACUGAACGCAGAGCAGCCAUACUCAUUCAAUCUCAUGUCCGAAAACACCUGCAGAGGGCGCACUAUAAGAGGCUUCAGUGGGCUGUGAACACAGUGCAGGCUCGUUACAGAGCCAACAAGAAGAUGAUUGAAGACAGGAAAGCACUGAGUGUAAAGAGGAAUGCUGUUAUCGUGUUACAGGCUGCCUUCCGGGGCAUGCGAUCCAGACAGAGCAUUAGAGAGAUGCAGAAGGCCGCCAGUGUUCUCCAGAGAAGUUACAGGGCUCACUGCUUACGCCGACAGUACCUCUCCUUGAGAUCCUCUGUCCUUGCCAUUCAACAUAAAUAUCGUGCCACUGUUGCAGCAAAACAGCAGAUGCUGCUCUACCAACGAAUGCGCAGUGCUGCGAUCCUCCUCCAAGCAGCCUACAGAGGCCAGAGAGCCAGAAAGGAGAUCAGUCUUCAACAUCAAGCUGCCACCACAAUCCAGGCUGUCUUCAGAAAGCACAGAGAGGAAGUCAAGUUCCAGGCCAUGAGAUUUGCUGCCAUCAUCAUCCAGAGAUACUUCAGAUCUCACAUUCAAAUGAAACUAGACCGAGACAGAUUCAUAAAGCUCAGAGAGUCUGCCAUAGUCCUUCAGGCAGCUUUCAGAGGUUAUCGCGUUCGAGAAGACUUUGCUAAGAUGCACAGAGCUGCCACUGUGAUCCAGGCCAACUUCAGGAUGCACAAGCAGCAGUCUGCUUAUAGGAGGCAGCAUUGGGCAGCCAGUGUUCUUCAGCAAAGAUUCAGAGCUCAAAGAUUGAGAAACUCUCAGUUGGAGAACUACCAUCAGACGAGAAAUGCUGUGAUAAACCUUCAGGCUUUGUACAGGGGAAAACAAGCAAAGGAGCUGGCAAAACAGAAGAGAGCAGCCAGGAAGAUUCAGUCAUUUCUGAUGAUGAGCAUCGGACGACAACGCUUCUUGAAGGAAAAAGCUGCUGCUGUGUCGAUCCAGUCUGCCUUCAGAAGACACCAGGCAAGGACACGGUACACCAAAACACAAGCCUCUGCCGUCACGAUCCAAAGAUGGUACAGGUCAUGCAACGUGCUCAGACGACAAAGGGACGAUUACUUGGCCAUCAGAGAAGCUGCUGUGAAACUUCAGUCAGCCAUCCGUGGAACACUGGCGAGAAGGCUGGCGAGACGCAAACGUGCGGCGGUCAUGAUCCAGUCCGUGAUACGCAUGUCCAUCCAACGGAGGAAGUAUCUGACCCUGCGAUCCAGCACAGUAAAGCUGCAGUCUCACUGCAGGGCUUGGACGGCGAGGAGGAGUUUCCUGAAGCGUCGGUCAGCGGCCGCGACUCUCCAAAAGCACUACAGAAGCUGGCAGGUCCAGAGAGAGCAGCGGUCCCUGUACCUAAAGACCCUGACCAGUGUCCAAACGCUGCAGGCCAGAGUGCGUGGACACAUCCAACUCAAGAGGUACCAGAAGCUCAAGAGAAGUGCAGUCACAAUUCAGGCAUUUUACCGUGGAAUGGUAGAGAGGCGACGGUUCCAGCGUCAAAGGGCAUCUGCUGCUUUAAUACAGGAAUGUUUCAGGGCCCAUCUCCUCUGCCAAAGAGAGAGGGUAAAGUACCUGGAAAUGAAGAAGUCUGCUCUUCUUAUUCAGGCAGUGUUCCGUGGUGACCUUGCCAGACGGAGUGCCAAGAAACGGCAGGCGGCUGUCGCCACAGUCCACCGAUGUAUGCAGACCAGGCAUCUACGCAACAGGUUCCUACUGAUCCAGCGUAGUGUAAGGGUCAUUCAGUGCAGAUGGAGGGAGACCUUGAAAGCCAGGGAAGAGCGUCACAACUUCCUGGUUAUGAAAGCUGCCGCUGUCACAGUCGAAGCAUCAUGGAGAGGCCAUGCGACCAGGAGUCAACUGCGUAAGGAGCAGAGGGCUGCGGUGCUGGUCCAGUCGUCCUUCCGGGGAUGGGUCCAGAAACGGGCGUUCCAGAGACGAAGAGCGGCUGCCCUGGUCCUACAGAGGAGAGUCCGAGCUAUGCAGCAGGCUAAAGCAGAGCGCGUCAAAUACACACGUUUGAAACAAGCUGCCAUCACUCUCCAGGCUCACUGCAGAGGCUGGAUCGCAAGGAGACAGUUGAGAGAAGCGGCCUCUGCGGAGAGGAGGGUGCGUUUCUGCGCGGCUGUGUACCAGCACCUGUGUGCUGUGAGGAUCCAGAGAGCUCUGAGGUCACACUGGGCUCUGCAGUCUGCCAAGAGACAGAUCACCUCUGUCAUAUGUGUACAGAGGUGGCUGAGAGCACGGCUUCAGAGGCGGCGAUACCUGGAGGACAGGAGGAGGGUGGUCGUGGCCCAGAGGGCAGCCAGGAGUUGGUUAGCCCGCCGCCAUCACGCCGCCUCCACCAUCCAGCACGCCGCCAGGACCUUCCUCCUCCGCAGGCGGGAACAGAGGGUGCAGCAGGGCAUCAUCAAGGCACAGGCGUUGUGGCGAGGCCACCAGUCCAGAAAGCUCCAUGACAAUCGUAAAGUGGUGGCCAUGAGGCAUCGUCUGCGGAAGGUGUCUGAGGAGGUACGAGAGGAGGACCGGCUGUGCAACAAGACGUCCUGGGCCAUCGAAUACCUCCUCAAAUACAAGCACUUCUCCUAUAUCCUGGAGGCUCUGAAGAACCUGGAGACCGCCACCAGGCUGUCCCCAGAGUGCUGUGAGCGUCUGGUGACGAGCGGCGCCACGCUGGUCAUCUUCACGCUGAUCCGCAGCUGCAACCGGAGCGUCCCCUCUAUGGAGGUCAUUACCUACGCCAUCCAGGUGCUCCUCAACCUCUCCAAGUAUGACAAGACGAUCGAGGCCGUGUAUGCGGUGGAGAACUCUGUGGACACACUGCUGGACCUGCUGCAGAUCUACAGGGAGAAGGCAGGAGACAAGGUGGCCGACAAGGGAGGCAGCAUCUUCACCAAGGCCUGCUUCCUCCUGAUCAUCCUGCUGCAGGACCAGCACAGGGCUCUGGUAUGGCACUGCUAUUGUGAGGAAGCUCCAAGGCAGUCGACCGCCCGGCAGCGCCCACCACCUCACUGCACGCCAAACACAAGAUGGAUGCCGAAGAGGCCAGUGGUCAAGUAG